GCAAUAAAGACCAAGGAAGUGGCAGCAUUGCCAUCAUGACGAAUCGCCAGGUCCUUCUGCGAGCCCACUGGCUUGUGAAAGCUUCGCGAAAAGCAUGGAACCACCAGGCUCGACCAAGCUUUGUUGCCUCUCCCUAUAGCGUCAUGUCUUUCAACCCAGCACUUUUGCAGGAUGUGGCCGCCGUGGCCUCAACAUGCCCAAAUGAACACUCCACACCAGCAUUAGCAUCUCCGGUUGUACCGCGUCUGGGAGGAGUGCUCACGGAAAAGUUGCAAGCGUCCAUCUUAACGCAAUCCAACCUCAAAGCGUUCGACAAAGUGGUGAAAACUGUAGACGAUUUGCUGGCCAAGCAAGUGACCAUCAACGACGUCGUGUGGAGUCGAUACCUCCAGGCCUUGAACCACUUGAGCCAGUUCGACGAAACCGUUGCGCGAUUUGAAACCCUCUUGGCCGAGUACGGCACCUCCAUGUGGCGCCACGAUCGCAUGUACCUCGUCCACGCCGCCCUCUUCGCCGCCAAGAACCUCCGCCGCGGCGACUUGGCGUUGACCUUGGUCCAGGAAUCUCACCGCCACGGCGCCCUAUACCUGCAAAACAGACACUACUUUGACGCAUUGUGGGCCAAUUCGAUCGUUCUCGUCGCGGGCAAAGGCAACACUCACCUGCCUCGGUACACGUACCAUGCGUUGCCCAAUGCAUUGGCCAUCGCGCACCUUGCGGCUAAAGACGGUUUCUGCCUGCCUCCCUUCGUGUGGCUAGAGCUCAUCGAGGCUUGUGUGCGGCACAACCACCCGUCCGAGACCAUUCUAGCGUUGACAGGGCUGAUGGCCAGCCAUACGCCGCUCGUCCUUCCCAACGCCCGCACCCUGCAGCGCGCCCUCGCCACGCCGACUCAUGCACGGCGGCACGAACUCUCGAUGCAAAUGCUGCGCCAGUGGAUCCCCCAUCUGUCGCGAUAUGCUCCGCAAGAUGCGAGCCGCAUUUGUGAAACGGUCUUGAAGCCCCUGUGUCGCCUGGGGAUGGCGUCCAGACCACUGCCGCGCAGCGCCGACGCGGCAACUCCCAAAGGAAGCCAUGGUGCCGACGUGACCGAGCUGUCUCAAGCCAACGCCCUGAUCUUGGUGAGCGAAAUCGUCGACACGAUGGUCCGCCACGACCUUCGAUUCCAUCCAUAUGUCCUCACAGAGUACUACUUGCCCGUGGCAGUUCCGUCUUUGUCGGCGCCGCUCUUCUUGGCCCAUGUAGGGUCUUGUGGGCCCCAUACAUUGGUGCUGAAUGCCUAUGUUUUGCAAGUGGCGUUGCGGGAGUAUACGUCAAGGGGACAAGUGGAAGACGUCCAGUGCCUGCUGCAGGCCGCGUUGGACCACGAAAUCGAAGUGACGUGGACGUCCAUGGAGUCGAUCUUGAACAUGUUUGCCAGAGUGGGAGCGUUCGAUGCUGCCACGUCGUUGGUCGAGUCCAUUCUGAACGACACUGCCUCAGACACUGAAGUUCGUUCAACCGACGAAAUGCCGCUGUUCUUAUACCGCCAUGCCAUGCACGCAUACAUGGAGUCGAAUCGGUUGGAAGAAGCCGACGCCUUCUUCAAACGGCAUCUCGAGACUCGACAGGACGAGUUCGGCAAAGCCAUGGCGCUGGUAGCCGCCGCCGCGCGCCGGUUGCGGGAGCGAGCGGUCGUGCCUUCGUUGCCAGAAGUCAAGGACCAGAAGCGCCCCAAGGACAAACAACUCCAACCCCCACGAGCAUGAGAAUAUAUUCACAACAGGAGAUGAUAGAAAAUGCAAAGUUACGGUGAUAUUAAGAGGUUGCGUCCACACUAUGCAUCGCUCACGGUGGUGCUGCAUCUACUCAUCUACUGCUACUUCCAUGGUACAAAUACAAAGGCACGUUGU